AUGUUCAUAAUUUUAAUUUUUGCCUCAUUAUUCUCCCAAAAUGUUUUCUGCGCUACAGAAGGUAAUUAAAUAAUUAACUGGCUAUUUUAAAUAAUUGAAAUGAUUUCCAGUAAAUCAAGCAAGGGCUUAUAUUUUCAAGGCAGUUGCUGGAGGAAUUCCAACCGAAAUUAUUGGAACUAUCGAUUUUGAACAAUCAGGAAGUUUUUUGAAGGUGAGUGUUUUGUUAAAAUGAAAAUCAUGUGAUAGUUUUUGGGGGGAUUACAAAAUGAAAAUUGAUUUUUUCCGAACUGAUUUGAGGUCAAAAUCACUCAAAAAGUUGAUGAUGAAAAAUAGCGUACAGUAACUCGGGAUUACUGUAGCUCUCUUGUUUAAAAUAUUACCAAAUUUUUAUUUUACAGUCAUCAGGAUUAUUGUAUCUCAUCUUGUAGAGAAUUUAUAGGGCUUCAGAAUGAUACCAAAAUGUUUCUUUUUGUUUCCGGAAAUUUUUGAGAAGGUUUAGAAUCUACAAGUUCUUAUCUUAAUAUUUUACAGUAACCAGGAUGUAAAUUUUAAAGGCUUCAGGCUAAUUCUAAAUUAUCUACAGUAACUAGGAGUACAUUUUUCUCACUUCAACUAACCAUUUUUUUUCUAAAAAAAAAUAUUUUUUUGCAGUUAAACGGAAGUGUGAGCUCUCUUCCAACUGGUAAACACGGUUUUCAUAUUCAUGAAAAAGGAGAUAUUGGAAAUGGUUGUCUAAGUGCUGGACCACAUUAUAAUCCACAUAAAUUGAGUCAUGGAGCACCAGAUGAUUCGAAUCGACAUAUUGGAGAUUUGGGAAAUAUCGAGUCGCCGGUGAGUGAGAAUUUGGGUUCCAUCGCGGGGCGAAGAGUUCAUUUACUAGAUAUUUUUGGUUUUUCAAAGGCACAUUAAAAUAAUUAAAAUAGGGCCAAAAAAAUUCAAUAUGAAUUUAUUUUAAAACGUGUGGUCCAGACAGAAAAUGAUAGAAAAAUUAUGAAAAACAAUAUUUCUUUGAAAAAUUCUAGAAAAAAAAAUUAUAUUCCGAUUUUUAGCGCCAGAAGCUUACAGUUUAGUUUUCUUGGGUUUUUUGUAUUUUGAAUUCAGGGAUUGAAAUUCAGCUCUCCUUUUCUCAUCCUCAAAAAUACUUCCAUUUUUCAGGCCUCGGGCUCAACCGCAAUCUCAGUUUCCGAUUCUUUGGCCUCACUUUCUGGACAAUAUUCAAUAAUUGGUCGAACUGUUGUGAUUCAUGAAAAAUCUGAUGAUUUGGGAAGAGGAACAUCGGAUCUCUCGAAAUCGACUGGAAAUGCUGGAAGUCGAUUGGCUUGUGGAAUUAUUGGUGAGUUGGAUUUUGGGGAAAGUCAUAAAUUUAUUUUGGAAGAAUGGGACCAUUUAGAUAUAUUAAUUUUCAAAAAAUCCCAGAUAUUAAAAUACAAUUUCAAUUUUUACCCGAAAAAAUCUGCAUUUUUUGUCAGGUACCAUCUGA